AUGGAAGAGGAGGUUGAGCAUACAGCUUCUUACGAUGGCUGGAUUAGCGGAUUUGCAAAGCGUCGAUUUAGCACAAAUCCAGUUCGAUGUAUUCCGCUUCGAAGGCAACUUCACCAUCACCCGAGCAAAACAGAAUUGUACACCAAGGAGGAAGAAAUACCACUGAAAGUGAUUAACGGUUCGCUUGGUUAUAACAACAUUUUGGAUGCCCUAAAUGGAUGGCAGUUAGUUAGCGAGCUGUCCCAAGCAACUGGUUUUCCUGCGGUGUCAUCUUUCAAACAAGUAAACCCGGCAGGCGCGGCUAUAGGAAUACCUCUGAGCAAAACAGAAGCAAGGGCAUACAUGGUAGAUGAUAUGCCAUUAAAUCCAAACUAUCCAUCUUUAGCAGCUGCUUAUGCCAGAGCAACAGGAGUUGAUCGUAUGUCUUCAUUGGGAAAUUUCAUUGCUUUAUCAGAAAAAUGUGACGAACUGACGGCAAGGCUCAUUAGUCGAGAGAUUUCUGAAGGUGUUGUUGCGCCGGAUUAUGAUAGCCUAGCUUUGAACAUUCUAGCUAAAAAAAAGUCAGGAAACUACGUUAUACUCAAGAUAGAUGCAGAGUACCUGCCUUCUAAAUGUGAAGAACGAACAGUAUAUGGGCUUCGUUUGAAGCAGAAGCGGAACAGCGUUUGUAUCAAACCGGAGGUUUUUGGAAAUAUUUUAUCAAAGUCGAAGAAAGCAAGUAUUUUAGUUACUUUAUUCUAUGAUAUUUUGCCAAAAUCAGCAUUAAACGACUUAAUAGUUGCAACAAUUGCCGUGAAAUACAAAAAGUUUAAAAGCGUUUGUUAUGCAUAUCGUGGACAGGUGAUUGGGCUAGGGACCAGUCAGCAGUCUGAUACUCAGUCCUUGCAUUUAGCAGGAGAAAAAGCAGCAAACUGGUGGAUGAGACAACACGAACGUAUCUUAAAAUUACCGUGGCAUCCUUCAAUAAGGCGCGCAGAACGCUUAAACACUGUCGAAGUUAUGAUAUCUGCUACUCUUGGCCAAGGAAUCUCUGAAGAGUACUGGAAAAAUCAUUUUGCUGAACCUGUAGAACCACUCAGCAGCGAGGAAAGAGAAAAAUGGAUUUCUUCACUUACAAAUGUUGCUGUCAGCUCGAGUGCGUCAUUAACUUUCCACAACAGUAUCGACUGUGUUAAACAGUACGGAGUUAAGUAUGUUGCAAUUACUGGUGGUUCUGCUCAGGAUCACGGUAUAGUCGAAGCCUUCGAUCGGUGUGGAAUGACUCUAAUAAAUAUGCAGCUCAGACGUUCCAAAAAUUAA